UUUGACCUCAGUGGCAUGAAGCUGCCCAGCGUCUCCUGUCCCCUUGGAUGCUUUGAGGCCGUCCUGUCCCUGGACACCGGGUAUCGCGCUCCGGUGACCCUGGUGCGGAAGGGCUGCUGGACCGGCCCGCCCACCGGCGAGAUGCAGGCCAACCAGGACGCGCUGCCGCCCGAUUUCUCGGUGGUGCGCGGCUGCGCGACUGACUUUUGCAACGCCCACCUCGUGACCCACGACGCUAUCCCCAACCUGAGCCCAGCGCCCAACCCACAGACGCUGAGCGGCACCGAGUGCUACUCCUGCGUGGGGGUCCACCCGGAGGACUGCACCCCCGAGAAGUCCCGACGGGUCCAGUGUCACCAGGACCAGAGUGUCUGCUUCCAGGGCAAUGGCAGAAUGACAAUCGGCAACUUCUCAGUCCCUGUGUACAUCAGAACCUGCCACCGGCCGUCCUGCACCACCAUGGGCACCACCAGCCCCUGGACAGACAUCGACCUCCAGGGCUCCUGCUGUGAUGGGCACUUCUGCAACAGGGACUCAGUGACCCAGACGUUCACCACCGCUUCGGCCACUGUCCCUCCCCUGGCGCCCCAGGUCAUGGCGCUGCUCCUCCCGGUUCUUCUGCUGGUCGGGCUCUCUGCAUAG